GAAAAAGUAAUUUGUCUUUCUCAAAAGCCAAUCUUGAAGCCUGCAGACGGCGCGCAUUCCCACCGCACUCCACCAGCAUUCAUUUCUGCUCCAUUGCAAUUUAUUCAGUCAUUCAUUCCUCUUCAUCAGUCCUCUGCAUUUUCUGCAGCAAGAAUACAAACAACAAUCGCAUUAAAUCUCUAUCACUACCAACCCUUUUUAAUUUCCCAACUCCAUCAGUCACCAGCAGCAAUGGCCAUCACAAUGAAGCCCACAUGAUCAUUCAUCAUGACUCAUCACCGCGAAGCUUUUUUUGAAAUAUUUUAUUUGUUUAUGAUUAUUAUAUAUUCUGGGCAUGGGCAGCUGGGCAUUCUUCUCCUUAUCUCCGCGGAUUUUUUGGUAGACAUAAUCUAAGCAAGAACAGACUUUUCUAAAUGGGUAGAGUUUGUUGGGUUUUAGUGGGCUGUUUGUUUGCUUUUCUGCUUUGAAAUUCUUGCGGAGGACACUGUUUCGCUCCUUUUUGGCAUUAUUAGAGUUGUGGGCUUACAGGAUUGCCUCUAGAAUAAAAAGAUUGAAGCUUUUUUGGCCUGAAAAGUAGUCAAUUUUUUUGUUUUUUUUUUUUUUUUUUGGUUUUGGCUGAGAUACAAUGAAGGGUUUUGGAUUCUUGUGUUUGUUGUUGUUGAUUGGAACAGCUGAUGUUGUGUUCCUUGGUUGCUCCAGCAAGGGAAGCAUCAGUCCCAGUCCAGGUCAAGAAACCAAAGGGGACCAGUUGCAGUAGUGUUUGUUUGUGUUGCUGGUGGCUGGGCGGAUGCUUAAACCAAAUAAUUGCAUUUAUUCGGGGAAUGUUUUCAACAGGGCAAAAUGCUGCAGUGUCAACCGUGAAAAGCCGGAAGCUUAAGGACAACAUCGACCCUCCUAGCUCAAACCGUGAUGAUGCAGGCCUUGUGACUUUGGAAGAUUACCGUCCCAUUGAUCCAGUUCCAAACUCAAAGGCUUCAAUAAGACCUGGACCUAUCCAGCAUGGUACUCCACUAAUGCCUUACAUCCCAAGACCUUCGCCUCCUCCAGGUCGACCAAAGCAUGGUGGCUAAUGUGAGCUCACUUUUUCAUAACUGAUAACAACACGUUCGAAUGAUGUUAUAACUAUUUAGUUUGAAGCGGACAUUCAGCUAUCUCGUCUACUAUUAUGUUCUUGUUUAUAAUCCUAAUCCACUUUUAACGUGGCAUGCUUGUAACUUUGUGUCCUUCCAUCAUCAACAUUUGCUAACGAAAGAGUGGAUGUUCUUUCA